UCUGCAGUUCCCAUUAUCUCUGUGAGGAAGGAGGUAGGAACUACAACUCCCAGGGGGCGCCGCGGCCCCGCGCAUGCUCUGUCCACUGAGGUGAGCCGGAGCGACGGUAAAGGUGGAGCUGGAGGGGCAGUAAUUAUGCCAGCUGACCAACUUCCAAGCCGAAUGAUUUUGUUUGAGAAGGGGAAGAAGACUGUAUACCGCAUCCCCUCACUGCUCUACCUCAAGGAGCACAACAUUUUUUUAGCCUUUGCAGAGAAACGAAUGUCGUUCCAGGAUGUGAAUGCAAAGCUUCUGGUGAUGAGAAAGGGCUCGUUUAUCAGAGGAUCAGUGAAGUGGGAGGACAUGACACCGCUGAAGACGGCUGUGCUGCCUGGGUAUCGGACAAUGAACCCAUGCCCGGUGUAUGAGCGGAAACGUGGUGUGAUUUACUUGUUCUUCACCUGUGUCAAAGAUGGUGUCACGGAGGGGCAGCAGAUCUGGUGGGGCAAAAACUUGGCCAGGCUGUGCUACGUGCUGAGCCACGAUGCUGGACAUAGUUGGACGGAGCUGACGGACCUGACCGACGAGGUCCUCGGCAGCCAGCUCUGCAAAUGGGCCACCUUCGCGGUGGGACCUGGUCACGGUUUGCAAACACAGCAAGGGAGGCUCAUAGUCCCUGCCUACGCCUAUAUCAUCUGCCGGAGGUGCUGCCUGAUCCCGCCUAAGUACUUCACACACCCCCACUCUUUCUAUAUCUUCAGUGACGACAGUGGAGAUAACUGGAAGCUAGCAGAACCAAUAACUGAAUACCAGGCACUGGAGUGUGAGCUGGCAGAGAUCACCAUCACUGACAGCUACCAUAUGCUGUACUGCAAUGCUCGAACGCGCAGGCAUCACAGAAUGGAAGCAGUGAGCCUCGACCCCAGCCACUUUGAAAUUGUCCGCUUGGCCAAGGGACUGCCAGAAUCGAAGGCUGGUUGUCAGGGGAGUGUGGUGAGUUUCCAUCUCCCAAACCAAGUCACUGUUCCAUUCAGGUCAACAAUUAGACAGACUGACACAGAGGCCAAGAUGUCCUGGCUCCUAUAUACACACCCAGCAGGGAAAUCCUGCUGUUUCUUUCACAAGCACAAUCGGACUAACCUAGGUGUUUACAUCAAUCUGAUGCCCCUGAAACCUAAAAGUUGGUAUGGACCCUGGAUCAUCCAGGCUGGGCCCAGUGGUUACUCUGACCUUGUGUACCUUGAUGGGAUGGGAACCUUUGCUUGUCUGUAUGAGUGUGGUAUCUCAAACUUCUGGGAACAAAUUGCUUUCUGUCUUUUCACCAUCAAUGACGUAUUGGAAAAUAUCUUUUAGUCACAUCUCCAUAAUAAGAUUGACAGAAGAGCAAUUCUUCCACUGCAUUCUAGAAGUGACCUCCAUUUAGAAAUAGCCCUCCAAGUUUCAGUGCAUGAAGGAGAAUGUUGGGCCACAUGAGAGUGUGUGUCUGUGUUAAUAUUGGGAGCUGUGUGUUUGUAUGUUGUGUUCAAAUUGGGGGAAUGUGUGCGCACAAGAGUUGGGGGGUGUGAGAGUGUUUUGGGUGCGUGUUAGGAUUGAGGGUGAGAGUUUUGGGUUUUGUGAGUGAGUAUUUUGGACAAGUAUGUGAGAGUUGUGGGGUUGAGAGAGAGAUUUGGGAGAGUGAAUGAGUGAGCAUUGAUGGACAGUAUAUGUGCACAUGCACAUGCGAGCGUUGGAGGGGAGUGCAUGCACGUGCAAGCUUUGGGGGUGUGUAUACAUGUAUGUGUGUCUUUGUGUGGGGUUGUGAUACACAGAGAUAUUUGAGUGUGAAUAUUAGCUCAGAGCUGGUCAGCCAAACAUUCCAACUCCCGAAUAUGUUAGAGAUUCGGGAAUAUGUUGAACACUUGCUAGAUCUUGGCAGCCGCCUUGCUCCAAAGGCCACCAUUGACAAGGAAACCCAACACUGGGUUAGGUGCACCAUCUCAGCAUUCAACAAACUACAGCAGUGAGUGUUUUGAAGAGGUCUUUGCUGUUAUUCAACAGAAGCCCUAGUCUACAGAGCACAGCCCUGUGCUGCUGAGAGACCUGGACAGUGCGUCCAUAACACAGGGAAAUUCCAUCAGCAAAGCUUUCACUGCAGUUUCUGGAUUCAGUGGGAAAACCAUUGAAUUAAUGCUAAGGUCCUUCCUGAAACCUGGUCCACAAAUAUUUCAGUCAAAACUUCUGUAGAUCAAUGAUCAUCAAGCUGACACAGCUCAAAUGUUAGCCAUCAUUCCUGGCUGUUAAAUGUCCAUCUUCUAAGGACAGUGAAAUCACCACAGUGACACCCCAAAUCUCGUAUUUGAAACGCAGCAGCAUUGUCAGUAUUGACUGGGAGGCAACAACUUGUCCAUCCAGCUGCACCAGUCUCAAUGUCUUACUGACGUAGAGCAGUGAAAGAGAAGGAAAGUAAAUCCAGCUUUCAACUUCCUGGAACACCGUGCCUCAUCUGUCCAAGAAUAUGUGGAUCAAGAAAUAACCUUCUCAGUCACUUAAAGAUCGAUGGCAGGAACUGAUGACCCUAGUAAACGUCACCCUCAAAUCAACGAGCACCCAAUAACAAUAUCGUGUGAGAGUGUAGUCUGCAUGUGAAAAUAUUAAUGUAUGUAAGUGCAUUGUAUGAUUGUGUUGGAGGGUGUGUGAGUAAAUGUGUGUACAUGAAUGUGUAUUUGAAGUUUGUUAAUAUUUGAACAUGAGUGCAUGGAAGGGUGUGUGAGAUAACUUACAUGUAUGCAGAAAUUCCUGUGUGUACUUGAGUGUGUUCACGAUUCUGCAGGUGUAAAUGUGAGAAAGUUAGUACAUGUCUGUAAGUUGCAUGAGAUUACAUGUAAGUUUGAGCAUGACUGCCCAUGUACUUGUAAGUUUGACUGUGUAUGAUUGUGUGUGAGUCUGUAUCUAUGUAAGAUUAAGUACGUGAGAGACAGAGUGAGAGUAUGUGAGUACUGUGCACAUGUAAGAAAAAGACCAUGAGGCUAGGAACAUCAUGUCUGUAUGGGGUCGUGCGUGCAUGUGUGUGUGUGCGUUGUGUGUGUGCGCAUGAGUUGGUGAGAAAAUGGUUGGAUAUGCAUCCCUCUGUCCAAGAGAAAAACGUCUGUGGGUAUAUAAAUCUAGAAUCGAAAGCUAGACUCUGAGAUGGUGACCACAAAAUUAUGAUCGAUUAUUAUAAAAAUCCAUCUAGUUCACUAAUGGUCUUUCGAGAAGAAAACCUACUAUCUUUACGUGGUCUGGCCUCUAUACUGGCAAUGUGGCUGACUCUUAACUACCCUCAGGGUAAUUUGAGAUGUGCAACAAAUGCUGGCCCAGUUGGCAAUGCCUACAUCAAAGAACAAAGAAACCUACAGCACAGGAACAGGCCCUUUGGCCCUCCAAGCCUGCGCCGAUCAAGAUCCUCUGUCUAACCUGUCAUCUAUUUUCUAAGGGUCUGUGUCCAUUUGCUCCCUGCCCAUCCAUGUACCUGUCCAAAUAUAUCUUAAAAGACGCUAACAUGUCUGCGACUACCAGCUCCGCUGGCAACGCGUUCCAGGCACCCACUACCCUCUGUGUAAAGAACUUUCCUCCUCACUUUGAACUCAUGACCCCUAGUAAUUGAGUUCCCCCACUCUGGGAAAAAGCUUUUUUGCUAUCCACCUUGUCUAUACGCCCCCAUGAACAAAUAAAUGAAAAAAGACCCACAGCAAGCCACUCAAUUUUAAAAGUAUGCUAAUAUCUUGUUUUAUAAUAUUAAUCCCACUUUUGAACACUGACUGUCUUCCUGUAUGCUGCAUAGCAAAUAUAUAAACUUAGUUUUGGGCAUAAACCUAGAUUGUUGACAGAGAAGGGAGCUAUUUUAAUUUGUUCAUGGGAUGUAGGUGUCACUGUCAUUUAUUGUCCCAGAUUGACGUGAGAAGAUGGUGAGCUGUCUUCUUAGAACUGCAGUCCCUUUGUUCUGCGUAGACCUGUAGUGCUGUUAGAAAAUAAUCGUUGUCAACAAGUAUUGUUGCUGGAAGGAAGCAGCUGAUGAUGGUUGACCGUAGGACACUACCCUGAGGAACUGCAGAGAUGUCUUGGAGCUGAGAUGACUGAUCUGCAACAACCAUUACCACCUUCCUAUGUGCCCAGUAUAGCUCCAGCCAGCCAGAACAAAGUUUACCCUGAUUCCCAUGCCAAAUGGAUCUUUCACUCAGCACUUCUGGCUGAAGAUUGUUGCAACUGCUUCAGCCUUUGCUUUUCCAUGGAUGUGCUGGGCUCCCCCAUCAUUGAGGAUGGGGAUAUUGGUGGACCCUCCGCCUCCACUGAGUUGUUUAAUUGUCCACCACUAUUCACAGUUGAAUUGUUUAGCUCUGUCACUCGCUGCUUGUGCUGUUGGAGGUAUGCCUGAUGCUGCUCCUGGCUUGACAAUAAUGGUUGAGCAGGUGAUAUGUUGGCCUAUGAGGUUACAGAUUGUGCUGGGGUACGAUUCUACUAGUGCAGCCGAUGGCCCUCCAUACCUAAUGGAUGCCAGUUUUGAGUUGCUAGAUUUGAAUUAAUCUGACCCAUUAGCACCACACCACAAGAUGGAAGGUAUCCAUGACCAAUGAAUGUGUGGUAGUCCCUCCUACCUAUACUGUCAUGGACAGAUAUAUCUGUGAGGAGAUUGGUGAGGAUGAGAUCAGGUAUGUUUUUCCCUCUUGUUGGUUUCCUCAGCACCUGACAUAGACCCAGUCUAGCAGCUAUGUCCCUUACGACCCAACCAGCUCGAUCUGUCGUACUGCUGCCGAGCCAUUCUUGGUGAUGCGCAUUGAAAUUCCCAACCCCUUCUGUGCCCUUGCCAUUCUCAGUGCCUCCUCCAAGCGGUGUUCAACAUGGAGGAGUACCAAUUCAUCAGCUGAGGGAGGACGGUACAUGGUAAUCAGCAGGACAUUUCCUUGCUCAUCUUUAACCUGAAGCCAUGAGACUUCAUGGAGUCCAGCAUCAAUUUUGAGUGUUACCCAGGGCAACUCUUCCCGACUGUACACCACUGUGCUGCCACCUCUGUUCAAUCUGUCCUGCCAAUGCGACAGGACAUAUCUUGAGAUGGUGAUGGUGGUGUCUGGGACAUUGUGUGUAAGGUAUGAAGUCAUGAGUAUGACUAUGUCAUGCCUGUACUGAACUGACUGCAACGGUGGGAGAGGCAGAAAACCUCAGAAUAUUUAAGUUUUUUUUAAUUCAUUCACAGGAUAAGGGCAUUGCUGGCUGGGCAAUUAAGAGUUGACUGCAUUGCUGUGGGUCUGGAGUCACAUGUAGGCCAAACCAAGUAAUGAUAGCUAUUUCCUUCCCUAAAGGACAUUAGUGAACCUGAUUGGCUUUCUAACACUUAAAAAUAUAUUCACAGUCAUCAUUAGAUUCUUAAUUCCAGAUACUAAUUGAAUUCAAAUUCCACCAUCUUCUGUCGUGGAAUUUGAACCCAGGUCCCCAGAACGUUAGAUAAUAAAAUGUGAGGCU